AUGCCCGUGCCCCCCAUGCCCCGCAUGUUAGAAGAUGAACCAGAUGGACGAGGCAUCGAGCAUGAUCUUCGCUAUAAUCAGCACGACAAGUGGGGCUGGGUCAUCUACCGCACGGCAUACGGCGACGACGCGGCAUGGGAACGAUUCAAGCAGUUCGUGGUGGACAACUCCCACCAAUGGAUCGUGGCGUCGAGCGUUCCCGGGAUCGCGCGGAAUCUCGAGUGGACCUUUGUGAGCGAUCAGGAGGCCCUCGACGGCGCAUCUACAGCGCAGCUUCGCGCCCGGUUCCGAAGCUGGGCUGAGGAGGCGAUCAGGACGGAAAACCCGCGGGCGACUGAGGACAGUCUUUCUGGGGUAUGGCCAAUUCAACGCUACUCGUAUUUCAUUGCGGUCAACGAGGAGGCGCUGCGGUGCGUGGCGGAUGUGAAACAUCCACGCGACUGGCAGCUGGUUUGGGUCAAGUUCGUGAAAGCGGAUUGGGAGUCCGACCCGGACGAGGACGACGGAAGUUACGAGUUGGUUGACGGCACCACAGAGGAGGACGUUGGAUGGAUGCUGAUUAUGUCACACACCAUUGGAGCCGACUUCUACGAUAGCCUGGGGGAUGAUGGGAUGCAUUGGUACACUUACUACACUCGCCCGCCAGACGUCUGCUGUCCCUGA